AUGUCGCCCGUCUCCGUCGACGGCAGUGACUGGUCAGGGAUCAACCAAUAUCAGAAGUCCGAACCGCCUUUCUCCCCGACCUUUUCGAAUCGCAGUAAUCUUGCGACCCCUCCGACUUCCGGUGUCCCCAGCGCUGCCAACGGCGCAGCCAUUGCAAAUGGUGGCCCUUCUCCGAGCCAGGUGAGCGACGCGGGCAACCCGUCGCCGCCCAGCUCGGUCGCCGCGCGAUCUAGCGAUGGCACGCUGGCCGAUCAACGCAGUCGACGACACAAGCAGAUGGAGGAGAUCCUCGGCCAGCACUAUGUCGCCCUGAGACGCUUUCUCCAUCACCCCUAUCGGGACGACCGGAACGGCAAAUCCAACAAGGCACGCGACAAACUUCUCCGUCUGUCCCCUACACAGUUUCAUGAACUCAGUACCGAUGUCUACGACGAACUGCUCCGCCGCCAGCAGGCCAUGCCGUCACCCUCUCGCCCGCCGCGUCCUGACGUCCCGCCCUUCCUACCCCCUCGCGACGAUUUCCACGAAAAACGCAACCAGGCGCGUCAGAAGCUGGCCUCGCUUCAACACCAGCGCUUCCGCGACCUCGCCACCGAUGUCUACUGUGAAUUGGAGCGUCGGUUCCCCCAGUUCCCCGCGCGCGAGUCGCGCCGCGCCAGUCCCGCCCCUAGUUUCCGUGGCCGUCCCUCCAACGGCUAUCCGCCCAGCGGAUACCCGCCGCCGCCGGGCUCGCGGCGAUCACAGUCUCGUGGCGCGCCGCGCGGACGUGGUUAUCCUUCCGGAGGGCCGCCUGGCAGUCCAAUGGGCGCGUUCCCGCCCCGGAAAGGGUCGUUGGUGGGUGGUGCGCCGCCGUCGAUGAACGGCGUGCAGAGUAACACGAUCGUGCCGAAUAAGAGUACGAUGGUGGAGGACGAUGAUGACAUGGCUGGCACAGAGGAUGACUAUGAUGCGCGGAGCGAUGCCUUUGCCUUGGAUGCUGUCUUGAGUCGACGAGGGACGACAACGACGUUGGGUGAGGGUGAACGGAAGUUGUUGGCCGACACCCAGUCCCAGGUUACUACACUUCAGGAGAAGGUGAAGAAGCUAGAGGAGAUGCUCAAGUCAAAGGACGAGGAGCUUACCAAAUACCAUGAGAACCGGGAUAAGAUGGAAAAGUUGGAGGAGUUGAUUCGGUCGAAGGAUGAGGAGAUUGUGAAGUACCAGGAAGAACAGGAUAAGUCUCAGAUAAGUACGUCGGAGCGACAGGAAUGGGAGGGGUUGAAACUCGAGCUGGAAAGCAAGAUCUCCAAAGCAGAGGAUCUGAACAGUUCGCUGCAGAUGGAGCUUGACAAGGUCCGGAUGGAGCAGGAAGCCAUGGAGGCUGAUCUGCGAAACCAGAUCGAUGAGGCGUCGCGGCAAGCGUCCACGGACACUGAGUUGCAGGCCCGAUUUGCCGAUCUGGAGAUCCAGCAUCGAGGAUUGCAGGAUGAGCUGCGGGAACAGCAACAGGUCACGGAAGAAGUUCGGCGAGAGGCCGCUGGCUUUUUGAUGGAGAUGAGGGCACUGUCUGAGCAGAGCCACGCGAGAUGGGAACAGGAAGAGCAACUCUCGAGUGAAGUGCAUCGCUUGGAGGAGGAGAUUCAGCAGUGGAAGAGCCGGUAUGCUAAGGCGAAGACGCAAUUACGACACCUACGCGCAUCCUCCACUGGUAUCUCGGACAUCCGUCCGGAUGUCAGCACCAUCGCCAAGAACAAUGAGCUUCUGGAUGAGCACGGUCUGAUCAGGGAUGUGCAUGUGACGAAAUUUCAGAUCUCAAUCGACGAACUGCUUCGAAUCGCCCGCUUUGAUGACCACCAACAGGUCAUGCAGCAGGUUAAGGCCGUCAUUAUUGCCGUUCGCUACAUCGUGCAUGAUGUUGGCCAGUCUGAAGGCCUCGACGACGGGCUAUCUGCACUGCAUGCGAAAGCAACCCGCCGAGUAUCUGCCACUGCGAACAACUUGAUCACUGCGUCCAAAAAUUUUGCAGGAUCCAGUGGCCUCUCCCCCGUCUCUCUCCUGGAUGCAGCUGCGUCGCACUUGUCGACGGCGGUUAUUGAGCUCAUUCGUCUGGUGAAGAUUUGUCCUUCGCCGGCUGAUGAUCUCGAGGAGGAGUACGAAGAGCACCUGGCCCAGAUGAAGUCGCCGGACUACUUCAGCGUAGCUCCAAGCCAUAGCCGGCUGAGCCACAACGAGUCGGUCUACAGUGCCAUCAGCCCUCCGCACUCUCGUAACCCGUCGACUUCUUAUCACGGAUUGGAGUCUGGGCCUAAUGGAAGUGCUGUGAAUGGGACGGCCGGCUACGUGGCUCAAUCUGAAGACCACGAACUGCAGGAGAUCAAGCUCUAUCUUGAGGAUCAGACCGAUGGACUUCUUCAAUCCAUCCAGGCCCUUGUGGCCAGCAUCCGUGGGGAAGAGGGACUGACUGCGAUCCGAGCUCAUGUGUCUGCUAUUGCAUCUGUAGUCUCACAUGUGUCAUCCUCCGCAGACCACUUUAUCCACCGGCCAGAGACGAGUCCGGCACUCCGGGAACGUGCCGCGCCUCUCCUCCACGCCUUGGAUGGGCAGAAAGCUCGACUGACGAAUACGGCAGCCGAGGGUGAAACAGCAUCAGAUGCAGACCAUCUACGGAGUGUCACCAACAAGCUUCCGCCCAUUGCGUUUGAGAUCGCGCGAGAAACCAAGGAGCUUGUCCAACGAUUUGAUACGGUGAACUAUGAUUCGGAGGAUGACUUUCGAUAG